GUUCACCAACCAGGGCAGGGCAUCUCUUUCUCAGUGACAUCUCUCCGCUGAAGACAUCACUUGUGUGAAUUCAUGUCUUUUGGUUGAGGUCAAUGUUCCGCCAUGCGCUAAGACGAGCUGCUAUCCACCGACCGGGAGGCUCCCGAGUCACUUCUUGUGCACUACGAUCACGGCAGCAGCAGCCAACAACAUGUCUUACCCGCAUAGCAAGAAGCUACCAUGAGUUUGGCCGUAGGGCGUCUGCCUUUGACACCGUCUCUGGGGGUAAGGGUCAAGGCGGGAAUCCUAGAGACUCAACUCUGCCCUUUCUUACCAACGACACCAUCUAUGCCCUCUCGUCAGGGUCAGGAAGAGCUGGCAUAGCCGUAAUCCGUAUUUCUGGACCCGGAUGUCUUGAUGUCUACAACUCACUAUGUCCCACCAAACUCAUUCCCAAACCCAGAUACGCCGCCGUGCGCACCCUGACCGAGCCCACCGGACCCGGUAAGGAUGCCUCAUCACCAUCAGCAGCUAACGCCAACAACGUCCUCGACACCGACGCUCUGGUCCUGUACUUUCCCGGUCCCAAGACCGUCACAGGCGAGGACGUCCUCGAGCUGCACGUGCACGGCGGCCCAGCCACCGUCAAGGCCGUUCUCUCCGCCAUUCCCAAGUCCACUUCAUCGAGUACCAUCCGCUACGCCGAGCAAGGCGAGUUCACCAAGCGCGCCUUUCUCAACAACCGACUAGACCUCGCCCAAGUCGAAGCGCUCGGCGACACACUCUCCGCGGAAACCGAGCAGCAGCGACGGGCCGCCAUCCGCGGCACCUCGGGAGUGUUGGGCAAGACGUACGAGUCCUGGCGUGAGCAGCUACUCCUGGCCAGGGGCGAGAUCGAAGCCCUGAUCGACUUUAGCGAAGACCAGCACUUUGACGAGUCGCCUACCGAGCUGCUGAGGAACGUGACCCGUCUCGUCAAAGAGAUUUUGCAUUCCAUCAAGCUGCACGAGCUGGGCAGCCAGCGGAGUGAAUUGCUUCGCAACGGCAUCCGCAUCGCCCUGCUUGGUCCGCCCAACGUGGGAAAGAGCAGCUUGAUGAACUUGAUCGUUGGAAGGGAGGCAAGUAUCGUGUCUUCCGAGGCGGGAACGACCAGAGAUAUCAUCGAAGCUAGUUUGGAUAUUCGUGGGUAUUUGUGUUCGUUUGCCGACACGGCGGGGAUUCGCACCCGCUCGUCGCUUUUGCCUGCUGAAGAGAAGGAGGCGCCCAUCGGCAAGAUUGAAGAGGAAGGUAUCCGUCGAGCAAGACAAAAGGCUCUUGACUCCGAUGUCAUUAUCGUUCUGGCUUCUGUCGAACCCCAUUCCAACGGAAUCGAAGGCUACCGCCUAAACUACGAUCUAUCAACCCUCGACCUCGCCUCAUCCGCACCAGAAUCUCUCCUGGUGAUCAACAAAUCCGAGACCGUCCCUCCCUCCGUCCUGGCUCAAUUAAUUCAGUCCUUCAAAAACGACGUCCUCUCCACCGCUCUCCCUGAAGACUCUCCCCUCAGAUCUCAAGAUCCGAUUCUGAUCUCCUGCCGAACCGCCGAGCAACGCUCCGGGGGCGUUGACGACCCAGACCCAGGCAAAAUCCAUCACCUAAUCUCCCGCCUAUCCUCUUCCUUCGCUGAGCUAACCGCCAUCCCACAAGACAUGGAGCACUUGCUGGGCGUCACGGCGAGGCAGAAUGAGUUGCUUGGGCAAUGUAGAGAUGCGCUGGAGGAUUUUAUGGCUGAGGCGAACCCGAACCCGCUUAUUGUCGAAGGGGUUCCUACAGAAGAGGAAGUGGAAGCGGAUAUUGUGCUGGCAGCGGAACACUUGAGGGUGGCGGCGGGGAGGUUGGCUGCCAUCACGGGGAAGGGAGAGGCGGGGGAUGUGGAGGAGGUGUUGGGGGUUAUUUUUGAAAAGUUUUGUGUUGGAAAGUAG